AUGGCGCUGGACCUACAGCCGCCCGACGGUCGCAAACGGGUCAAGGUCUACGAACUGAGGGAUAAUGACUGGUUUGAUCGCGGUACCGGCUUCUGCACCGGUCAGAUACUUGAGGAGGAGCCCCGAAUAUUUGUCGAAUCUGAAGACGAGCCUAAUCGCGUUCUACUGGAAACACGGAUCUCCAAGGACGAUGGCUAUCAAAAACAGCAAGGUUCUGUCCCACCAUCGCAGACGUUGAUCGUCUGGACGGAAACCAGUGGGACGGAUAUGGCGCUUAGUUUUCAAGAGGCAGAAGGAUGCGCGGUGAUUUGGGAUUUUGUGAAUGCCGUUCAACAACAUCUUAGUUUGACUGCGGCUGAUGACGCUCUUUCCGACGACCUCGAUAACUACCAGACCAUCGCACUACCGGCGCCCGAACUUCGAAACUUGGGCGAAAUGGAGCAGAUUGUUCGAGCGGCGAGUAUGACACAAGCAGGUCGCGAUGCGCUGUCUAAAUUCAUCAUUCGCGAUGAGUAUAUCGCCAAGCUGGUUCCUUUAGUGGAAACUGCGGAGGACUUGGAGAGUUUGAGUGAUCUGCACCAUCUCUGCAACAUCAUGAAAUCUCUUAUCCUAUUGAAUGAUAACACCAUCAUCGAAACUGUCGUUGCCGAUCAGAUUAUCCUGGGAGUGGUAGGGGCUCUGGAAUAUGAUCCCGAAUUUCCAACCCACAAGGCCAACCACCGGCAAUACCUCGCAGACCAGUCCCGCUACAAAGAAGUUGUCCCCAUCAAUGACCCGAUCAUCCGCAGAAAGAUUCGGAGCACUUGGCGCCUGCAAUACCUGAAGGACGUGGUUCUGGCCCGGAUUCUGGACGACCCGACAUUCUCCGUACUCAACUCCCUGAUCUUCUUCAACCAGAUGGAAAUUGUAAACCACAUCCAAACCAACGCACCUUUCCUCCGAGAGCUCUUUUCCGUCUUCGACCCGAGAAACACCAACAACAAGCGCAAGGACGAUGCUGUGCAGUUCUUGCACCAGUGCGCGGGAAUUGCGAAGAACCUCCAGGGCCCAUCACGAGCCCAGCUAUUUGCCAAUUUCAUUAGCCACGGUUUGUUCGCAGUGAUUGCCUUCGCAGUUAAACAUCCGAACCCAGCUAUGCGCACAACAGGGAUCGACAUUCUGGUUGCAUUGCUGGACCACGACCCGGUGAUGAUGCGAGGAUACAUGCUCAAGGCUGUCAACGAGAAGAAGACACCCCUCACAGAUACCCUGAUUGACUUGCUCCAUGCCGAGACGGACCUUGGAGUUAAAACUCAACUAGCCGAUGCCAUUAAGAUCCUGCUUGACCCCCAGAUACCCCUGCAGGACCCGCUCGCCCGGGCUGGUCCCGAUUAUUUCAAAGUCCGACCUUCCAACAUGCUCAACGAUGCAUUUGUUCAACAGCAUUUCGAUGAUUCUUCCAAGCGGCUAUUUCAACCGCUUAAACAACUUGCCAACCGCGCCACGCUUAAUGAUUUGACGUUCCAAGAAGUCACACUCUAUUCGCAUCUUGCUGAUAUACUUACAUUUUUCGUCCGUCAACAUCUCUUCCGCACACGCAAUGCGAUCCACAGUGAAUCUCUUGCGCCUCGAGUCGCCCAGCUUUUGACGGCUCCUCAAAAACACUUGAAGCUGGUGGCCCUCAAAUUCUUCCGCACCUUGAUCAGCCUCCAAGAUACCUUUUACCAAGCUCUAAUGACGCACAACAAUACCUUCGGUUUAAUCCUCGAUAUUGUUUACGAAACAAUGCCUCGCGACAACCUCCUCAACUCCGCCUGCCUUGAGCUCUUCGAAUUUAUCAAACGGGAAAACAUCAAGCCGUUCAUCAUCCACGUGGUAGAGAAGUACCGGGAGAAGCUCGCGAGUAUCACAUACGUCGAUACAUUCCUGAACUUGAUCCUUCGAUAUGAUCAGAUGCAAGGAUAUGGUGCCGAAGCGGAUCCGUUGUUUGGCCACGAGGACGAUAGUACACCACGGAGGAUGCCGCUGAAUGGCCAGCGUUGGCAGGGCGUGAAGGAAAUGGAUGCUGCCGAAGAGGACUACUUUGGCACAUCCGAUGAUGAGGAUGAUUGGCCACAGGAUAACCGUGGAGCCGUUGCUGCUGGUACAUCAAAUGGCUCUGUUACUAUGAUGGUCAAACCGCUGGUUGACUACCCUGAUGAUGACGACGAGGAUGCGAUGGACACCAAACCCGAAGCUCUCGCGGAGCAAACACAACGGGCCGAAGUACCAAGUGCGACGGAGGCUAGCGAAACUAGUCCCGAUGCUGCCGUCUCCACACCUUCCUCGCCUGCUCAGACACCCCCAGAACGACUAUCCGAGAAGCGUCGCCGUGAAGAGGAAGAUGACGAUGAGCUGAUGAAGCUCUCCGCAGGACCUAAGCGUAGAAGCUCUACAAGUAGCAAUUCGAGCGCCGGGAUCCUCAGUCGGAAGAAGAGUUUGUCGAUUGCGCCAAUUGGAGCAGCAGAAAAAACCGGAUCAGGCGUUUUGGGAAGUGCAGCACCCAAGAGAAUUGCCAUCAAUCUAGGGCCCAGCAAGCCCGCCACAUUGGAUGCCGACCCAUCAUGCCCACCAGAUAUUUCCGCUAAAACCAACGAAAAGGAGAACCGAGACGACAGACAAGGUGAGGGAGAUGGAUGA